AUGAAAGUCUUGUGGCCCCUGAUCAUACUGUCAUUCAGAAUCGGCACAGCAUAUGCGGCAACCCUCGAAGAAUGGCGCGGAAGAACAAUCUAUCAGGUUUUGACAGACCGCUUCGCCCGCAGCGAUGGCUCCAGCACCGCAGCUUGUGGCGUCGUUGACGGGCUCUACUGCCAUGGAACUUGGAAGGGCAUCAUCGACAAGCUGGACUACAUCCAAGGCAUGAAUUUUGAUGCUAUUUGGAUCUCACCUGUUGUCGCUCAGCUUCCCCAGCGGACAGGCGACGGCGAGGCGUAUACAGGCUAUUGGGCCCAGAAUCUUUACAGCCUGAAUGCGAACUUUGGCUCAGCAGAAGACCUCAGGGCGCUGAGUGAUGCUCUGCACGACCGCGGCAUGUACUUGAUGCUAGACAUUGUUGUCAAUCAUAUGGGGUAUGCCGGAGUUCCCUCUUCUGUGGACUAUACCAUCUUGGACCCUUUCAAUGAUGAACGCUAUUUCCAUCCGUACUGCGCAAUCAAUGACAAUACCAAUCAAACCGAAGUGGAAGUCUGCUGGCUCGGAGACACUAUUGUUCCACUCCCCGACCUCCGCACAGAAGACGAGGACGUACAAGACAUGCUCCAGAGAUGGAUCUCGUCCAUGGUUAGCAACUAUUCUAUUGAUGGUCUCCGCAUCGAUACCGCAAUCAAUGUCCAGCCUGGAUUUUUCCCGGACUUCGUCAACGCAUCUGGACUUUUCGCCAUGGGCGAGACUAUGAUGGGUGACAAUUUAUUUGUCUGCCGCUGGGCACGAACGAUUGGCAGCAUACUCAAUUAUCCCAUUUAUUAUCCUCUGAUCAGAGCCUUCUCCAGUGCGCAAGGGAGCAUAAAUGAUUUGGUCAAGACUAUUUAUACUAUGCGCCAAAAUUGUGACGAUCCCACCACGUUCGGCUUGUUCAGCGAGAAUCAUGAUGUCGAGCGAUUUGCGCAAUAUACGAACGAUACUGCACAAGCGAAGAACCUGAUUGCUUUCACAAUCAUGGGGGAUGGCAUUCCCAUCAUUUACCAAGGCCAAGAACAGCACAUGGCCGGUGGAAUAAGUCCGUACAUCAACAGAACACCACUUUGGGCAACCGGAUACGAUACAGAAGCCUUCCUGUAUAAGCACAUCGCCAAACUCGUUGCCGCCAGACAACACAUAGUCAAAACCAGCGAAGGUUACACUCGCUUUGCCACGGAAGUGGUGUAUCAGGACUACCAUUCAUUCGCUAUGCGGAAAGGCAAGACUGGUCAACAGGUCAUUACCGUUCUUAAUAACAAUGGGGAGGAUACGUCAGAGUUCAAGCUAGACAUUCGCGGACACGACCUGGAAUCUGGGACGCACGUGACCGAGCUUCUGUCCUGCACCAACACUUCAGUCGAAGCUUCAGGUAUUCUCUCGGUCCAAAUGGGCUCCGGCCAGCCUAAGGUAUACUAUCCUACACACCUUCUGGUGGAUUCUGGGUUAUGCGGAAUGGGCAAGACAGCAACGUCGAAUGGCGAUCAUUCGGACGAUGUAAUGACCACAUCUACCCCGACAGCAUCAAAACCAGCCGAACCAGGCCACACUCGAACCGCGCUGGGCGUAGCAAGCCAUCCAACGAGCGGAGAUGCCAUCACAACCAUUCUCGCCUGCUUCGCCAUUCUAAUGUUGGUAUCCUCGAUGUGCUGA